AUGGACUUUAUCAAAGGAUUGCCCAAGUUGGCCAGCUAUGAUUUGAUCUUCAUGAUCGUUGACCAGCUAACUAAGUAUGCCAUUUUAGCACUGAUGCACAAGAUGAUCAUGUCGAAGCAAACUGCAGAGCUGCUCAAGGACCAGGUCAUGAGUCACUUUGGAGUACCGGACCAUAUAGUCUCAGAUUGCAGCCACCAGUUUGUCUCAGCAGCAUGGAGAGAGUUCAUGGAGAAGCUGGUCAUUCACCACUCGCUCAGCACAGCCUACCACCUGCAGACAGACAGACAGAUGGAGCAAGUCAACCAAGUGGUAGAACAGUACCUCCGCAUGUACUGUAACUACAAGCAAGAUGACUGGGUUACUUGGCUGCCGAUGGCUGCAUUCAUGUACAAUAACACAGUUCACAGCAGCAUAGGAGUCUCUCCCUUCUUCGCAUGCUACAGGUGGAACCUGAAGUUGCACCCAGAGCUUCUGAAACAAGUCGGAAUACUCGACCUGAAGAAGAGUGAGUUUGCCACCCGCAGAGAAGAGUUCACGGCAUACCUGCAGGACCAGAUCCAGCAGGCUCAGGGCCGUGCAGUGGCACAAUAUAAUCAGAAGAGGAAGGACAUGGAGUUCAGGGUUGGUGACAUGGUCUAUGUCAACCAGAAGAACUGGAAAACGACAAGACCUAGCCCCAAACUCGACACCUGUCUGGUGGGUCUGUUCCCAGUGCUUGAACACAUCGGCAGGUGGGCAUAUCGACUGCAACUGCCCACAAGUCUGCACAUACAUGAUGUCUUCCAUGUCUCAAUGCUCGAACCAAAGAUGACCAGCUCUCUACCACAGCAUUCAGAGAUUGAGGUCACACCACCACUGCCAGACGAAGAGUUAGAGUUCGAAGUGGAGGCAAUUGUUGUGAAGCGUGGGCAUGGUCGGCAGCUGGAGUACAAGGUGUUAUGGCAGGGCUACCCGGAAGAGGCAGCCUCAUGGGAACCAGUGGCCUGUCUCAAUUGUCCUGACCUCAUCCGGGAGUAUGAGGAUUCAGAGGGGGGAAGGAGACAGUAG